AUGCUAGAGUCGACCUGCAGGGCCUUCUUCGACCUGCAAGGAGUCCAGCUUCGUCCCGCCCCGGAUGCAGUCAUGACAACCCAUGAGGCUCGAGUGGUGGAGAGCGCACCGGAACGGUCUGGAGUUAGGCAGCUCAGGUUUGCUGAUCGGGUUAGGAGGCCGCCGGAACGCGAAGCACGGACGGAGACCGACUUGGCAAGUGUAGCAGAUGAAGGCGAGGAGGGUGUAGAAGAUCCACAGCUGCCAAGUCAGGUCGAACAGGCAGAGGAGCAGUGGAGGAAGGCGGCUGAUGAUAAGCGGAUGGCCGAAGCAGAAGCCAAGAGGAGACGGGCUGAAGAGAGGCAACGGCGCCGUGAUGGCGACAUCGAUCCUAUCGUCCCUUUCCCGGGAACAGGAGACAUACGUGAAGCAUGGGAGCGUGGGGCACGAGCCGCUGCAAGGGCACACGUGGGAGUGGCAGGAGAGGAGCUCGCCAGCAAUGUGCGGCAGCAUAUCGAGGAGGAUAGGGGAUACGUGAAAGUUUGCUUGCCCAGCGUAAAGCGGAAGGCGGCUGAAGAGGCCCGGAGAGGGGACGUCGACGUGCCAGAGAAUUCGGGAGAGGUGAAAAAGAAGGCGCAGAGCAACGCGGGUGCAAAGGCUCAUAAGAUGGUGGAGGUAGAGGCGCACCAGAAAGCAGAGGAUGCGGCCCAUCGGUUUGUCGAUGCAGAGGCGGCACUUACGGCAGAGGACGGGGCGCCAAAGGAAGCAGAGGCUGCGGCGCAGCAGAAGGUGGGUGCAGAGGCGGUCAAGAGUGCGGAGGCAGUCGCGCGUAAAGAAGCGGGUGCAGCAGGAGAGCUGACGUCGGAGGCAGUCGAGCUACAGGUGGUGGAGGCAGUGGCGCAGAAGGAAUCAGAGGCAACGGCGAGCCAGAAGGAUGAGGCAGCGGCGCAGCAGAAUGAUGAGGCAGACGCACAUAAGGAAUCAGCGGCAGCAGCGCAGCAGAAGGAUGAGGGUGCGGCGCCCAGGAUGGUUGAGGCAGAGGCGCAGAAGGAAUCAGAGGCAGCGACGCAGCAGAAGGAGGAGGGUGCGGCGCCGAAGAUGGUUGAGGCAGAGGCGCAGAAGGAAUCAGAGGCAGCGGCGCAGCAGAAGGAGGAGGGUGCGGCGCCGAAGAUGGUUGAGGCAGAGGCGCAGAAGGAAUUAGAGGCAGCGGCGCAGCAGAAGGAGGAGGGUGCGGCGCCGAAGAUGGUUGAGGCAAAGGCGCACAAGGAAUCAGAGGCAGUGGCGCAGCAGAAGGAGGAGGGUGCGGCGCCGAAGAUGGUUGAGGCAGAGGCGCACAAGGAAUCAGACGCAGCGGCAAGCCAGAAGGAUAAGGCAGCGCCGCUGCAUAUGGAGGAGGCAGACGCACAUAAGGAAGGAGAGGCGCGGGAUAAGGCAGAAGCAGCGGCGCGGCAGAAGGCGGAGGCAGAGGAGCAGAAACAGGCUGCGGAAGAGGCGCUACAACUGGCUCGGGCAGAAGCGCGGAAGAAGGCUGUUGUAGAGGCGCGGCAGAAGGCGGAGGGUGAGGCGCAGAAGAUGGCAGAGGCCGAGGAGCAGAAGCAGGCUGAGGCAGACGCACGUAGGAAGCCAGAUGGAGAGGAGGGUUCAGAUGGGAAUAAAAUGAUACAGACAGAGGGAUGGGAGACGGCGGGUGCUGAGGGGCACAUCAUCGCAGAGGAAGAGGGGCAGCAUGACGAGGAGGCAGCGUCGUAG